AUGGCCGCUCGUCAUUCUCGCAAACUUUUGCGACCUCUUCUCUACACAUCCGCUGCAGCUGCCGCGGGAGCGGGUGUUCUAUAUGUAUCAUAUCGUCCACGUAAUAUCCCCGGCUCCGAAGCCCCCGCAGUUCCUCCCCCAGGUUAUCACGAGGGCAAGCUUGUACCACCGAGCUUCCCAACCAUUAAGUCACGGUUAGAACAGAUACAAGACCUGAAGCGCAGUGCGUCCGGAAACAGUGCCGACGAGUAUGAUUUGCUUGUCAUUGGCGCCGGUGCCACUGGCUCCGGCAUCGCCCUUGAUGCGGCGACACGUGGGUUGAAAGUGGCCAUUGUUGAGAGAGACGAUUUCAGUGCUGGAACGAGCAGCAAGAGUACAAAACUGGUGCACGGCGGUGUUCGCUACCUGGAGAAGGCUGUGUGGGAGCUGGAUUACAACCAGUAUGCGCUUGUGAAGGAGGCACUAAGGGAACGAAAGUAUUUCCUGAACACGGCGCCUCAUCUUUCGCAGUGGCUUCCCAUCAUGGUUCCUGUGCAGAAGUGGUGGCAGGCUCCCUAUUUUUGGGCUGGCACGAAAUUCUAUGACUUCUUGGCCGGGGCUGAAGGAAUUGAAAGCUCCUAUUUCCUCCCCAAAAGCAAGGCUAUCGAUGCUUUCCCCAUGUUGAGGAAGGACAACCUCAUCGGUGCCAUGGUUUACUACGAUGGUGCGCACAACGACUCUCGGAUGAAUGUUUCCCUUGCGAUGACGGCCGCCCUGUAUGGUGGGACUGUUGUCAAUCACAUGCAGGUCACCGGUUUGACCAAGGAUGCAUCGGGUAAAUUGAACGGCGCACAGCUCAAAGACGUGAUCACCGAAAGAAAUGGACAAGAGCCGGAGCAAAUUACCGUUAAGGCGAAGGGCAUCAUCAACGCGACAGGCCCCUUCACCGAUUCAAUCAGAAAAAUGGACGACCAGGAGGUAGAGGAGAUUGUGGCUCCUAGCGCUGGUGUCCAUGUCAUUCUUCCAGGCUACUAUAGUCCUUCAGACAUGGGUCUCAUUGAUCCCUCCACGUCUGACGGCCGUGUCAUCUUCUUCCUCCCGUGGCAGGGCAACACCAUCGCUGGUACUACCGACCAGCCCACAGAUAUUACGGCACAGCCGGAGCCAUCGGAGCAUGACAUUAACUGGAUCCUUAAGGAAGUUCGUGGCUAUCUGGCUCCCGACAUCAACGUUGAGCGGAGCGAUGUCCUCGCCGCUUGGUCUGGAAUCCGACCCCUCGUCCGUGAUCCCAAGGUGAAGAGUUCUCAGGCGCUGGUUCGCAACCAUCUUAUCUCCGUUUCCCCCUCUGGCCUCUUAACGUGCGCUGGUGGUAAAUGGACAACUUACCGUCAGAUGGCGGAAGAAGCAGUGGAUGAAGCCGUUGAAGUUUUCGGCCUCAAGACUCGGGCCGUGAGCGACUCUCCGGACAUCAGCGGUGUUGGUGGGAGUGGAUUGGUUGCCGAUGGUGCUGUUCUGGAUGGAAGCUGCCAGACUCACCAGGUGCGGUUGAUUGGAGCCCACGGCUUUUCCAAGACCCUUUUCAUCAACCUCAUCCAGCACUUUGGACUGGAGACCGACGUCGCUCAGCACCUUACGCAAUCGUACGGAGACCGAGCCUGGCAGGUUGCGGCCUUGUCUUCGCCCACAAACGCCCGGUUCCCCGUUCGCGGAAACCGGAUCUCGACCCUGUACCCCUUCGUUGAUGGUGAAAUUCGCUAUGCUGUCCGCCACGAGUAUGCCCAAACGGCAGUUGACGUAAUCGCUCGUCGAACCCGCUUGGCGUUCCUUAAUGCGGAAGCCGCGCUCGAAGCUCUUCCCAGCGUUAUCGAUCUGAUGGGCGAAGAACUUCAAUGGGACAACAACCGAAAGGACGUUGAGUGGAAGGAUAGCGUCCACUUCCUCUCGUCGAUGGGCCUCCCCAAGAACAUGCUCGCUCUCUCCCGAGCAGAGGUUGAGUCUGGUCGGGUCAGGGAUGUAGACAUUGCCGAGCACAAGACGUCGCCCCGGACCAGCCCCCCGGCCGACGUGCUUGAUGGCGACAUUCGCCCGGAAACUCCCACCAAGCUGAUCGGUAACGACUCUGCCGCUAACAAAUAA